GCUCUCGGGAAUUGCAGGUUCUCUACGCGUCGAUCUUCGGAGGUUGGAGUUUUACAGCCGUUUUGCACUUGGAGUCGCAAAAACUUGCCAGAAGGAUGGCCGAUUUCCUCGACUCGGAGGCGGAGGAAAGCGAGGAGGAGGAAGAGCUGGAUCAUAAUGAGAAGAAGAAGCUCAAGAAGAUGAAGGCUAUGGAAGAGAGCGACGAGGAUGAGGAAGAUGACGAAGAACGACUGCGUGAAGAACUGAAAGACCUUAUCGAUGACAAUCCAAUAGACGAGAGUGAGGGAGACAGCGAUGGUUCCGGUGUCUCUAAAAAGCGAAAGAAAAGUGAUGACGAAGAUUUCGACGAUCGUCUCGAAGAUGAAGAUUACGAUCUUAUCGAGGAGAAUUUAGGAGUUAAAGUCGAAAGGAAGCGGUUUAAGCGUCUACGCAGAAUACAGGAUGAAGAAUCCGAAGGAGAGCAGGAACAUGAAGCAGACGAGGAAAGAGAUGCCAUUGCAAACGAGCUGUUCGAAGGCUCCGGAGACGAGGAUGAAAGAAGAAGCGAACGCAGUCACAGACCAGAGGCUGAGGCUUUCGAAGAAGAAGGCAGCGGUGGAGAGUACUCCGAUGAAGAUGACUUCAUCGUCGAUGACGACGGCAGACCCAUUGCAGAAAAGAGAAAAAAGAAGAAGCCCAUUUUCUCAGACGCGGCAUUACAAGAAGCCCAAGACAUUUUCGGAGUGGACUUCGAUUACGACGAGUUUGGAAAAUAUGGGGAAGAGGAUUACGAGGAGGAAGAGGAGGAAGACGAGGAGGACGAAUACGUGGACGACGUGGGGGACGGGGACAGGCCGAGGCGGCCGAAGAAGCAGCCCAAGAAGAAGACCACCAGGAAGAGCAUCUUCGAGAUCUACGAACCGAGCGAGUUGAAGAGGGGGCACUUUACCGAUUUGGAUAAUGAGAUCCGGAACACGGACAUCCCGGAGCGGAUGCAGCUGCGGUCGGUCCCGGUGACAGCGGUGCCGGAGGGCUCGGACGAGCUGGACCUGGAGGCCGAGUGGAUCUACAACCAGGCGUUCUGCCGGCCGAGCGUCUCCGUGCAGGACGCGCACCUGAACGAGGAGGCGAAGGAGCGGGCCCGGAAGGGUCCGCAGACCGUGGGGAAGAUCAAGAAGGCCCUCGACUUCAUGCGCAACCAGCACUUCGAGGUGCCCUUCAUCUCGUUCUACCGGAAGGAGUACGUCCUGCCGGAGCUGAACAUCAACGACCUCUGGAAGGUGUACAAGUACGACGCCAAGUGGUGCCAGCUGAGGCAGCGGAAGGAGAACCUGCUGCGCCUCUUCGAGAAGAUGAGGAACCACCAGCUGGACGAGAUCAUGAAGAACCCGGACGCGCCUCUGCCGGAGAGCGUCAGGGUUAUCAAGGACGAGGACCUGGAGAGGGUGCGGAACGUGCAGACCAGCGAGGAGCUGAACGACGUGCACCACCAUUUCAUGCUUUAUUAUAGCCACGAGAUCCCGGCCAUGCAGGAGACCACCAGGAGGAAGGAGAGGGAGGCCAAGAGGGAGGCCAGGAGGCAGGAGCGGAAGCGGAAGAUGGCAGAGGCCGAAGAGAACGGAGAGGAACCGCCCGCGGAUGUGGAGGACGUCGAAGAGGACGACCAGCCCGAGGAGGAGAUCCUCAAACAGGCUGUCAGGACGGGCCCGUACUCGAUCUGCCGGAAGGCUGGCCUCGAUGGACUCGCCAAGAAGUUCGGACUCAGCCCCGAGCACUACGCCGAGAACCUGAGGGACAACUAUCAGCGGCACGAGGUGGAGCAGGAACCCACGGAACCGUCGACCGUGGCCGCGGACUUCAUCGGGGAAAAAUUCAACUCCAGGUUCAAGUCCCCGGAGGAGGUGUUGAAGGCGUGCCAGCUGAUGGUGGCGAUCCAGCUCGCCCGGGAGCCUCUCGUCAGGAAGUGCGUCCGGGAGAUGUACAUGGAACGAGCUCGAGUUUCCGUCAGACCGACGAAGAAGGGGGCGAAGGAGAUCGACGAGAACCACCCGGUCUACCCGAUGAAGUACCUGAAGGACAAGCCGGUGCGGGACCUGGUGGGCGAGCAGUUCCUGAAGCUGGCCAUCGCCGAGGAGGACAAGCUGAUCACCCUGACCCUGAGCGACGCCAUCGAGGGCAACACCGGGACCGACUACGUCGAGGAGUCCAAGCAGCUCUACUACAGGGACGAGUUCAGCAAGAACGUCCAGGACUGGAACGCCCUGAGGGUCGGCAGCGUCGAGAUGGCCAUGAACCGGAUGCUGAUCCCGGACCUGAAGAAGGAACUGCGCGUUAAUCUGCUCGAGGAGGCGAAGGAGUGCGUGAUGCGCGCCUGCUGCAGGAAGAUGUACAACUGGAUCAAGGUAGCGCCCUACACCUGCGAGUUCGCCGAAGAGGAGGACGAGGACUGGGACACGGGGAAGGGCCUCAGGGUGAUGGGCCUGGCGUAUGUCCCGGAUUUCGGCCAGGCCGCGUUCGCGUGUCUGGUGUCUCCCGACGGGGAGUGCACCGAUUACCUGAGGCUUCCUCACCUUCUGAAGAGGAGGAACGGUCCCAGGGAGGCGGACAAGGUCAUGAAGGAGGCCGAUCUCCUGGCCUUGAGGAACUUUAUCGCCAGUCGGAAACCCCACGCCGUCGCCGUCGCUGGCGAGUCCAGGGAGGCCGUCAUGAUCUCGGACGACCUGAAGGAGAUCAUCGCCAAGCUGGUCGAGGACGAGCAGUUCCCCUCGGUCCAUGUCGAGAUCCUGGACAACGAGCUCGCCAAGAUCUACUCGAAUAGUAAUAAGGGGGUGGCCGAGUUCAGGGAUUAUCCGGAGCUCCUCAGACAGGCCAUCUCCGUCGCCAGGUUGCUCCAGGACCCGCUGGUGGAAUUCUCGCAGCUUUGCACCGCGGAUGAGGAGAUUCUCUGCUUGAAGUACCACAGCCUGCAGGACCAGCUCUCGAAGGAGGAACUCCUGGAGAACCUGUACCUGGAGUUCGUGAACCGGGUGAACGAGGUCGGAGUGGACGUGAACCGCGCGGUUCAGCAGCCCUACGCCGGCAACCUGGUGCAGUUCGUGUGCGGCCUGGGCCCGAGGAAGGGCCAGGCGCUCCUGAAGAUGCUGAAGCAGAGCAACCAGAGGCUGGAGAACCGCACCCAGCUGGUGACGGCCUGCCACAUGGGUCCGAAGGUCUUCAUCAACUGCGCCGGCUUCGUGAAGAUCGACACCAACAGCCUGGGCGACAGCACCGAGGCCUACGUGGAGGUGCUAGACGGGUCCAGGGUGCACCCGGAGACCUACGAGUGGGCACGGAAGAUGGCCGUCGAUGCCCUCGAGUACGACGACGAGGACGCCAACCCGGCAGGGGCUCUGGAGGAGAUCCUGGAGGCGCCAGAGAGGCUCAAGGACCUCGACCUGGAUGCCUUCGCCGAGGAGCUGGAGCGACAGGGCUUCGGCAACAAGUGUGUCACCCUCUACGACAUCCGCGCGGAGCUGAACUGCCGGUACAAGGAUCUAAGAGUGCCGUAUCUCACCCCGACCCCGGAGCGCCUCUUCGACAUCCUCACCAAGGAGACCCCGGAGACCUUCUACAUAGGGAAACUCGUCCUGGCGACCGUGGUGGGGAUUUCGCACAGGAAGCCCCAGGGCGAGCAGCUCGACCAGGCCAACCCGGUGAGGAACGACGAGACCGGGCUCUGGCAGUGCCCCUUCUGCUUGAAGAACGACUUCCCGGAGCUCUCCGAGGUCUGGAACCACUUCGACGCCGGCGCGUGUCCUGGGAAGGCCAGCGGGGUGAGGCUGAGGCUGGACAACGGACUCUCCGGGUACAUCCACGUGAAGAACCUCUCCGACAAGCACGUGGCCAACCCUGAGGAGCGCGUCGGGGUCGGGCAGAUCAUACAUUGCAGGGUCACGAAGAUCGAGGUCGAUCGAUUCAGCGUUGAAUGCACCAGCAAGAGCAGCGACCUCGCGGAUAAGAAUCACGAGUGGAGGCCGCAGCGGGACAUCUUCUACGACACGGAGGCCGAGGAGAAGGACACGAAGGCGGAGGAGGAGACGAAGAAGGCGCGACAAAGGCAGACCUACGUGAAGCGCGUCAUCGUCCACCCCUCGUUCCACAACAUCGGCUUCGCCGAGGCGGAGAAGCUGAUGCAGACCAUGAAGCAGGGCGAGGCGAUCGUCCGGCCCAGCAGCAAGGGGGCGGACCACCUGACGGUUACCUGGAAGGUCACCGACGACAUCUACCAGCACAUCGACGUCCGCGAGGAGGGCAAGGAGAACGCCUUCUCCCUCGGCCAGAGCCUCUGGAUCGGCAGCGAGGAGUUCGAGGACCUGGACGAGAUCAUCGCCCGCCACGUCAACCCCAUGGCCGCCUACGCCGCCGAGCUCCUCGACUUCAAGUACUACAAGCCCGUCGUCGAGGGCAUCAAGGACAAGGCCGAGGAGAUCCUCAAGGAGCAGAAGAAGGAGAACCCUGGAGGCAUCCCCUACAUCGUCUCCGCCGCGAAGAACUACCCGGGGAAAUUCCUGCUGUCGUAUCUUCCUCGGGUUCGAUGUCGACACGAGUACGUGACGGUGUCGCCAGAUGGCUUCAGGUUCCGCGGGCAGAUGUUCGGCAGAGUGAGCGACCUCUUCCGCUGGUUCAAGGAACACUUCAGGGACCCGGUGCCGGGCCAGUCGACCCCCAGCACGCCCAGAGGAGCCAUGACCUCCAGGACGCCGUAUCUCACCACACCCGGAGGACCAGUAGGAGCCAUGAACCAAGAGGCGAUCCAGAGGGUGGCGCAGAAUCUGCCGCACCACAUGCUGCACUCCUUGUCGCAAGUGGCGAACCACACGCCCCACCACUACCACCCGCCACACACUCCUGGGGCCGGCAGCACGGCGGGGUACGGGGGCCUCCACACCUACCCCAACACGCCGUACACGCCGUCCGGACAGACGCCCUUCAUGACGCCCUACCAGACGCCGCACCAGACGCCACAUCACACGCCGCACCACGGCCAGCCCACGCCGCGAUACGGCCAGCAGACGCCGAGCCACCACCAGGGUCCCUUCCUGCACCCGGCGGCGCCCGGCGUCGCCCCCACCCACCACCGUGCCACCCCCUCGCACCGCCCCACCCCGCCGAUGCCCGCCCAGGGCGACCCCACCGACUGGAAGAAGGCCGCCGAGGCCUGGGCCAUGAAGCGCAGCGCCCCGAGGAUAACUGGAGGCACGCCCCGAUACGAUGACGUCAGGGAGACGCCGCGAGGCUACGACGACGUCACCUCCGGGAGGAGCACCCCGCGCACCAGAGCGCCGUCCUCCCGCACUCCGUCGUACAAGUCGCCCCGGGGAACACCCAACACGAAUUCUAGUCCUCGGAGCAUGUCCCUCAGUGGGGACGGCACGCCCCUCUACGACGAGAGCUAACGGAAUUGACUUUUCUAUUAACGCGUUAACGCCAAUAUCGAUAAGGGCCUGCGGAGCCGUUCACAUUAUUGCAGUAAUCUCCCGGAGAUCGUAGAGCGGCGGUCAGUGUUGCCUCUAUCGCGAUUGGGUGGGUAGAUAACAUCUGACAAUUAGAGUAGAUUCACUAUCGGCUACACUGCGGGUAGAGACCAGGAGGACGAACACAGUGCUGUAGAAGUGUCUGGGAAAUAGGGCAAAGAUUCGCUAGGUGGCGACACACUCGUUUGAAGACCACUAUUUGAUUAAAGCGCGGGAUCUAAACUUGCAA